AUGGCAACUACAGUAUUUGACUUUGCUUCAAUUCAUUGUAGUACAAAAUCUGAAAGAGAAAAAGCUGCUGCACUUCUUUUUCUUGCUUCAUAUCUCUGCCAGAUACCAAAAGAAUUGGGUCAGAUACCGGCACUGGAGAUAUCUCUGAAUCUGAGCUGCAAUCAGCUCUUCGGUGAAAUCCCAUCAGAGUUCUCUGAUUUAGACAAGCUUGGGAUUCUGGACAUCUCCUACAACCAGCUUACUGGGAAAAUGGACAUGCUUGCGGGUCUUCAGAACCUAAUCCUUCUGAACAUAUCCUUUAAUGGCUUUUCGAGACAAUUGCCAGAUACCCCAUUCUUCCGGAAGCUCCCGCUAAAUGACCUGAUGGGGAACAAAGCGCUUUACAUCGCCCCCAAUGGCGGCGUUGUGACACCAGCUGAAAGGGGUCGGGUCACCAAGCCCCCAAUGAAGAUGGCAAUGUCAAUCCCCGUCAGCGCCAGGGCGGUGCUGCUGCUGCUGCUGGCGGUUUACUUGCUAGUGCGGGAGCAUAUGAGGGCGAAUGGAGUAUCGGUGGAGGAUGACAGAUGGGAUAUGACACUCUAUCAGAAGUUCGAUUUCUCCAUCGACGACGUCGUCCGGAACUUGACGUCAGCGAAUGUGAUCGGAACGGGGAGCUCAGUGGUGGUGUUCAGGGUUGCGAUCCCUAAUGGGGAGACGCUGGCGGUGAAGAAGAUGUGGUCUUCUUCUUCUUCUUCUCCGUCGCCGUCGGAGAAGGAGGAAUCAUCAGAUAAGGGAGAGAUGGAAUCGGGAGCAUUCCGGUCGGAAAUCAGGACACUUGGGUCCAUCCGACAUAGGAAUAUAGUGAGGCUUUUGGGUUGGUUUGCCAAUAGGAGCAGAAGCAAGAAGCUGUUGUUCUAUGUAUUUGAUUUGCUUACUAGUUCUGCUUCAUCGCUUGGCUUUUGGCUUCAGGAAUUUGUUCUUUUGAGUAUACCCCACUUCGAUUCAAGCAACUACGAUGAGCCCAGUAGCAGAUAUCAACGGGAACUUGGCUUCAACCAUGAACCACUUGUUCACAACCCCAACUCCAUCUCUACUCUGAUUUUGUUUUCCAUCAAUUCAAAGGCAAAAAUUGGGAUUUGUUUUUAUCAUUUCAUAAGAGAUUGUUUGAUUACGAAAAGAGAAAGAAUGGCUCCAAGGCGAGCGAGGAAGGAGGUGGUAAAGACGACAACAACGAAAGUGGUUGCAGAGAGUGAUGUGGAAGUUGCUGUGCUUACAACUCGCAUCAGAGCGGCAAUACCCACCAAAGAGCCCUUAAAGGUCGCAAUGGAACAGAACAUUGAAGAAGAGACGAAUAACCAGGUGAUCAAAACCCCUAGUCCUGCGGGGACUUCCUCCUCGUUCCCCUACUCCGAGAAAAGAAGAUAA